AUUUCUUCCCCGCAACAACAGAGGUCUCUAAUCGAAGACCUGGCAACAAUUCUCUUCCAUCGAGAAAUACCUCCCCUAGAAUCACAAAAACAAUUCACAGAAAAAAUGGACCCCACGCCCGAAGACCUCACCAUCAACGUCGACACCGACAUCCAAGAGCUGCUGCUGGCCGCCUCGCAGCACGACCUGGCCCAACUCCGCCGCCUGAUCCGCACCAACCCAUCCCCCGCCCUCGCCAACCCGGUCAACGCCCGCGACCCGGAGACGGGACUCACGCCGCUCCACUCCGCCGUGGCCGCCUGCGAGCCGGACGAGGAGGAGGAUUCGCAACCCGCUGUGAACGGAGCAGCGGACCAUGCCACGCCCACCACCAGCACGGAGGAGGUAGAGAGGGCCGCGCUGGAGACGGUGCGGUUUUUGUUGUUGGAGGGCGCGAUCUGGAAUGAUUUGGAUAAUAACGGGGAGACGCCGGGGUGUAUUGCGCGGCGGUUGGGGUUGCGCGAGGUGUACGAGGCGCUGGUGGAUGCUGGGGUGCGGGCGGAGUUGUUGCUGGGACGGUUGGAUGGGUUUGGGUAUGAGGCUUUGUCUGAUGGGGAUGAUGAGGAGGAUGAGGAGAUGCAGGAGGAUGAGGGUGAGGGUGAGGGUGUGCAGGCGGAGGAGCAGGAAACAGUACCGGAGUUGGUCGAUGCCAGCGCAGCAGCUACUGCCACCAUCACCACCGAAGAGCCCACCACCACCAACCCAGACGUCACGCAAUCCCGCUACCUCGAUUCCGGGCUGACCUUCCAACACGACCGGCUGCUGGACCAGGACCAGAACGGCGUGAUGAUGGCGUGGGAGACGGAGAUCAUGCGCAAAUCUGCGCAGGCGCUGCUGCCGGCGCCGGGGCUGCGGGUGCUCAACAUCGGCCACGGCAUGGGGAUCGUCGACGGGUUCUUCCAGACGCAAAACCCGGCGGCGCACCAUAUCGUCGAGGCGCACCCGGAGGUCGUGGCGGAGAUGAAGCGCAAGGGCUGGCACGAGCGGCCCGGCGUCGUCAUCCACGAGGGCCGGUGGCAGGAGAUCCUGCCCGCGCUCGUGGCUGAGGGCGAGAUGUUCGACGCCAUCUACUACGACACCUUCGCCGAGUCGUACGCGGAUUUCCGCGAGUUCUUCACCGAGCAGGUCAUCGGCCUGCUGGAGCAGGAGGGCAAGUGGAGCUUCUUCAACGGCAUGGGCGCCGAUCGCCAGAUCAGUUACGAUGUCUACCAGAAGGUGGUGGAGAUCGAUCUGCUCGAGGCCGGGUUCGAUGCCGACUGGGAGGAGUUUGAGGUCCCCACGCUGGAGGGCGAGUGGAGUGGCGUGCGCAGGCCGUACUGGGCUAUUGAGAAGUAUCGUCUGCCUCUGUGCAGAUACAUGGACUAGAUUCCUAUAUAUCUAUGUGAAGCAAU